AUGUCUACCGAUAUGAAAGAGGUCAUCGAUUUAGAAUCAAAAGAAAAGGAACAACAAAUAUCAAAUGACUCUAGGACUUCUCUAAAUAAAGCUGACAGGGUAAUGGUUCCUGAGGAAGAAGGAAGUAAAGUUCAUAAAGGAGAAAAAGAACAUCCAGAAUUUAAUGGUUCUACUAAACAAGGUCGAUCCCAGAAACCAAAAGGUCAAAUGACAUUUGCUGAUUUCAAAAAAAUUGCUAUUAUUAAAGCUAAAUCUGGCACAAUUGAUCCAAAUGGAACUAAAAUUAGAAUUAAAAUAUCUGAUAAUAUACCAAAAGUAAUCACAUCGAGAGCACCCACUAAUUCAGUUACGCCAUCAAAAUCGCCUACUAAAUCACCUACACCACCUAAAUCUCAAGGAACAAAAUCAAAAUCAAAAUCGACCACUAAUACUUUGGACCCAGCAGGUAUACCUAAAAAACGUGGGACUUAUUCUGAUUUAGAAUCUAAUCGGUACAAAAUAUUGAAAACCGAACACCAUAAGAAAGUUCCAAGUUUAAAGACAUUGCAGAGUUUAUACUGGGCCCCAAACCUCCCAUUAAUGAAUGAUGAUUUUAGAUUUAUUGAUAAUAAAAUGAACGAAAUGUGGACCCUACAGUUCUGUAAUAAACCAGAACGAAACGCAAAGGAUAUUUUAAAAAUUAUGGCAUUUAUCAACAAAUUUAGUCAAUACUUUGAUGAGAAUUUGAAAAAUAUAACAUAUCCAGAUUUCUCUAUUGGUCUAUCAUUAGGAACUACUGAUGAAACUACUGGACAGCAUAAUCAGGCAGAACUAGAACACAUCCAAAGUCUAAUGAAUUUUAUAUUUUUCAAUUUGUUAAAGCUAUUAUUUAGUAUAAAUGGUAAGAAAAAUCCUUACAAUGUUCCAACUCUACAGAAAUUUAUGAAUAUUAAACAGCCCUUUGGGAAAAUGGUUGGGAAACUUCAUACCAAUAUUAAAGAAUGGGGCUCGCCAAAAGAAUGGAGGUAUGAUUUAUCCAAGGAAGAAGAUGUUACAGAUGACAAUGACAAUGAUUUAGUAGAUCCAUCCUUGAACGAGAUAUUAUUUGAAACAAAGGAUAUGUUACCUUUACAUCCGCCAUAUCAGGAUGAAUAUCAUCCCCUAUUCAUGAAAAGUAGAUCUAUUGUGGAUGCUGAAGGUAUUUAUGCAGUUGAUACAUUCAGAGAUAGAGUUGUAGCGUUAAAUUAUUUGGUAGACCUUAAUAUAUCAUAUUCUGCACUUAUACACGAAGAAGUAAACAAUAUGUCACACUGUCGCAAAGACCAGCACUUUACACAUUUGGUACCCAACUUCUUAAAAGAAGGUUUUUCGCAAACAAUUGAAGAUUUCACAGAUUUAUGUGAAUCUAUUGUAAUUUAUAUUAAUGCCAAACGUGCAAGUAAGUACGAUAGAUACAAAGCUAACCUACCCAUAUUAGAUAAGGUUAGAGCUGCACUUGUCAGCAUAUUAAAGACAAAUAGCGAAGAAAGAAAGGCAAAAAUUUUAUCAAUGUAUGAUAAAUGGGUAAUUCUAUUGAGUAACACAGUGCCUGAGAAUCCAUUGUCUGAUCCCUACCUAGACGACUCCGCCAAAUUACGUUUACAGGAAUUUUUUGUAGUGAGGGUGAAUGAAAUAGGUGAUUUUUAUAUCCCUAGAAUGAAUACAUAUGAUAAUCCUCAUAAAUAUACCAAUUUCUAUGUUGAUUUAUUAUCUCUAUUGGAUUUGUUUAAAAUGUAUGCAAACAAUGAAAUUGAUGAUCGUGUUAUUAACGAAGAAUUUGAAAAGUCUGGCAAGCCUUCAUUCUCAUUAUUAUAUCGUAAUAGUGCCAAGAUGACAAAUGAUUGGUUUCUUAAUAAUGGUGUGAAAGAUGAGAACUAUUGGUACGAGAUUUGCCAUGAUUCUCAAUCCCUUCAGAUUUUUAAAACUAAGAUCGAAGGCAUGUUAUCUGGUACAGAAUCAAAUGAAAUUUCUACUUUACUGAAAGAUAAUAAAUACCAAGACACAAAGAGAACAUUAUCUAUUUUAUAUGAUUAUUUGAAUAAAAUUUAUCCAAUUAUUGAAAAGUUUGAAAAUUUGAAGCCAGCCUACAAAGAUCAAUAUUCGAUCGACAAUCCUGGAAAUGGUGUUUCUACUAGACGAUCGACAAGAGGACAUCAGAAUAGAGUGAAUUAUGCACUCCAAUCUGAUGAUGAAUUUGAAAACGAAAUUCACGGUGAGUCAGAUGCCGAUUUUGUAAAUGGCUCUGAAUCGGUGUAUGAUGAAGAUGGACAACAAAUUAUAUCAUCUACUAACCAAGUUGACGUAGGAGCAGAUAUAUCAGAUGGUCCAAUUCAAAAAAUGUCGCGUGAACAGAGACUACAGUCCAGAAGAGACAGAAAUUAA